AUGGGCAUUCAAGGUUUAUUGCCUUUACUUAAGGCAAUUCAAAGACCUGCUCGUAUCGAAGAAUUUGCUGGUUGUACUGUGGCAGUAGAUUCGUACUGCUGGUUACAUAGAGGGGUCUAUGGAUGUUCAAAGGAAAUUAUCGAAGGCAAGGCUACGAGAAUGUACGUAAAUUAUUGCAUGAAAAGAAUAGAAAUGUUAAUAAAUUUUAACGUAAAGCCUAUUAUGGUCUUUGAUGGUGGUCACCUACCUAGUAAGAUGCAAAAAGAGGAAGAGCGAAAAUUAAAUCGUCAGUUCAACAAAUCUAAAGGAAUAGAAUACUUACGUCAAGAUAAGUAUAUUGAUGCAUUAGAUUGCUUUCGUCGUGCUGUCGAUAUUACUCCUGCAAUGGCAUUAGAACUGAUUAAGGCAAGAUUGGAAUUGAUUCAAAAUUUAAAAGAUAUUGAAUGCAUAGUUGCCCCAUAUGAAGCUGAUGCCCAAUUGGCCUACUUAUCUAAAGCUGAUUUGGUUGAUGCAGUCAUUACGGAAGAUUCAGACUUAUUGGUAUUCGGAUGUAAAAAGGUAUUAUUUAAAUUGGAUCCAAAUGGAAGAGGUAUUGAAAUUAGGCUAGAUCGUUUACGCGAAGUGAAAGACAUCGAUCUAAAUGGAGUCGACCAUGAGGCUUUUCGUCACAUAUGCAUUUUGUCAGGGUGUGAUUAUCUCCCAUCUAUUCCUGGAAUGGGAUUAAAAACGGCUUAUAAGAUCAUGAAAAGAAAUCGCAUGAAGGUUUACAGUGCUAUUAAAUAUAUAAGACGACAAAAUACCAUGAAAGUCCCAAAGAAUUACGAAACACAGUUCAAAAUGGCGGAUGAAACGUUUUUAUAUCAAGUAGUUUUUGAUCCUGUAACGAAAACGACUAUACCUUUAACACCUUAUCCGAAAGAUAUUGAACCAUCUACUCUUGAACAUGCUGGACAGUAUCCUUCAUUAAGAAAGAAUCCCUAA